CGGAACGACUUUUCCGAUCCUCAAGGUGGAAAAGGAAUAUGCGACCGCCAAGCAGCGACUAUUAAAGGAGACAUUGGAAGAUAUGUAAACGAGGGCAAUGAUGUGACAACAGCGAUUCAGCUCAAAACAGCCAUAGAGUCUGGUCCAGGAUCUUGCGCUAAGGCUAGUUACGUUACAUUCAACCCGUCAAGCACUCGGCACGUCAAAUGGGAUGGUGUAAGCUUACUCAACAACUUCAAGUAUGAGGAGAACGGAAUACGAGCGUGUGGGCAUUUAAUGUGGGUCCUGGAAAGUUGCUAUCGUGGUCUCAGUUGGAAGGAGUUUUGCAGGUCCAAAACUCUUGAAGUGGUUGAUCCCCCAUCGCAGAAAUUGAGUACUAAGCCAUCUUUCAAGAAGGUGAGACACAGACAUGUAAAUAAAAAAUCUGCAAGUGAUCCAAACGCAGCCAGUGAUGCCAAUAGCCGAGAACAAGAAGAUGAUGAUGGUGAAAACGAGCAAGCCUCGCCACUUUUCCCAUGCCCCGAGGAAGGGUGCAUUAAAGCAUACAGCCGCUUUGUAUCAUUAAAGCACAUCUAGACACGGGAAACACAAGCGACUACCUGAACAGGAAACGCUGUAUGACAAAGCAAAACGAGGAUAUGCUUCAAAGCUAAUGGAUGAAGGUAGCAGGAUUUCCACUGUGCAGUUACAAUGUGAAGAACAAAACAGCCAAUGCUUUUCGCCCCUUACAAUGGGAUGGGCACUGAAGACAAUCACAAAGAAGACACGUUUUACGCAAAAAACAGAACGAAUUUUUGAAACAACAAUUUGAAAUUGGCGAGCAGAGUGGAAGGAAAGCAGAUCCGAAUGAAGUCUCAAAAUGAUGAGAUCUUCAAGGACGAGUUAGGAGCUCGUCGAUUUCUACCAGAAGAAGUUCUAACAAGACAGCAAAUCACUGGAUUCUUCUCACGACUGGCAGCAAAGAAGAGGCUUCCUCCCAGUACAGUGAACCGGGAAGAGUCGGACGAAGAGACCACUAGAGAAGAUGACAGAGCAUCACAAGAACAGGUAAUCCAAUCUGAAAUCUGUGCGCAAGUGAUGAGAGAGAUUUCCCUUCAGCACCCCAUUGUAUCGUCGUCAGGUUACAACAUCUGUGAACUCAUGCGCAUGGGCAAGAAAAAGCUGAUGUCACUGAGUGUGGACAUGCUGCGCAGUAUUUUGCGAUGAACUUGGUGUGGACGUCUCUGAUAUAACACAAAGACGAAAGGUCAAAUAUCUUCAUGGAUUGGAAAAAAUAUAUUCCUAUUCCAGUGCGGCUACUUUUCACAGCUCUUGCUGAGUGACCCGAAACAACUUCCUGUAUGGUGCAUAAAUUAAUACUUUUGAACAUGAUGUAUUACUCAGUAAGUGACACAGGCAUAAUCGGAAAAAAAAUCCGAGUGCUUCAUGGGACAAACAUCCUGCAUACUGCUAGGAUUGGAAUGAUUGGAAUGUCAUGUGUGGCAUACGCGCAAUGGAAUAAAUGUGAUGGAAUAUUUUUAAGCCUGGUGAAUAAAUGAGAAUGAUGUAUUAUUCAGUAAGUGACACAGGCGUACUCGGAAAAAAAGAAAUCCGAGUGCUCUCGGCCAUCAGGAGUCGAAACUAUCGACAUCGUGUCAGGUUAUGCCUAAGGACACGAUGAGAAGGUACGGUAGUCAUCUCCAAUAAACUCGUUGGCUUUUAAAAACACGCAAUCUUGCUAAAAUCAAUUCUGGUUCAAGUCCGGAGAGUUUUUAGGGACUUCGUGCGAUGUUUUAUAUCCUUGUUGCACAGCGUGAGCAGUGUGACGAAAGCUGAGUAAGGAUAGAAAUUAGCCAUUGGAAGUUACUUAGCAAGUGCGUUCGUCUGCGCCGCAAAUCCCAUCGACAAUAUUCAAGAACGAGCAAGAAGUCGUUGUUAUGUAUGUCUAUUAACUUCGCCAACAACAUACUCUGGUUAUAUGGUUAAGUAGAUUUGUUUAUUUAGAGAACGAUGCAAUAUUUGCUUUUCGUGGAAACAGUUACUUCCGAUUGGUUUUCGACGGCACAAAACUUCUCAUACUAAAUAAAAUCAAUUCUAAUUGAGCUAGAAUUACUAUAAAAGGUUUUUUUUUUUUCAGCAAGUUAACUGGGAAACCUGGCACAUCUUUUUGAGUAAGAUACUUUAAAAAUACGACUUAUCUAAAAUCAACGGAUGUAAAUAUCUGUUUGUUACUGUACUAAUUGUAGCUAAGUCGCUCGUGCCUGACGCAGAUUAGGGAGCGAGCCUGUGAGAUUUAAUUUCAGCUCGUGGUAAUUUUGGUGUUUCAUAGUUUGUUUUACCUGUGUAGACAAUAUUUAACAUUUAUAUAUAUAUUUUAAAACGCUUCAAACCGCUAAAAAGCAAAACCCUUAUGUUUUAUGUACAAACUUUGGCCGAGGAGUUAAUUUAUUCAAUAGUGCUUUGCCAUAUAGAGUUGUAGAUUUCAAAGGCGCUCAAUUGGAAUUUUAUCGAAUUUUGAUCAGCGUUCAUGCAAAAGUGCUACUAGAUCCUAAAGAUUUAAAACCGUAGACCUAAAGAUCAAUGACUGAACUGUCUUUUGGUUAUAAUAUCAGAGUAUUUGAAGAACUACCGGUCAGCUUUUUUUUUUCGCUGAGUUUGGAUUAUUUUACACCUUCGCGUAAAUGAGAAAAGUGUGUCUUCUUAAUCGGGUCUCAGUUCGCUCACAAAUAAGCAGAGAUAAAAAAUAAUUCCCAUGGUUCGACUAAGGAAGAAUCAAUGUAUUCAAUUAUACUUAAGAAAGAUUCACAGCUAUGUAAACGUCUGUGUAGCGAGAAGCUGAAAAGUGUAAAAUUUCGAGUUUCCGCCAGGUGA